AUUCCAUAAAACAGCCGUCACUUGUCGACCAAUCCUAGCCUCAAGGUAAAGGACCAAGUCCAGACGGAGAACCGGACGUUCUUUGGCAGAGAGAAAACCUGCGAGAAGAAACAUCGGGAUGAAUGUUGUCAGGUGGCUCAAGAGGCUAUGCUUUGGGUCGAAGAAGAAGAAAGAGAAAGUGGACCUUCUAAACAAGCCUCAUGUCCCGGAAGUUAGAGCAAGAGAACCAGAAGCAGAAGAAAGAGAAGAAGAAAACCAUGUUUGCCUUCCAAAGCGUCGGCCAAUGAACACCCGCCGAUCCACAGAUGAAAACCAGAACCAGUCGGCACAGAUUAAGGAGCGGCAAACGUUCCAGCCGCCUCUGGUGGAUGAGGACCAAACCAGCGAGAAGUCCUCAGCAACGGAGCAGCUGGAGCAGCAGCUCUCUGAGGACGACAUGGUGGAGUCCUUCCAAGAGGCGCUGGCAGUGGCCCAGCAAAACGCCGCACAGAGCCUCUUGACCCAAGAGUACAGUGAACCCCCCAGAGAGUCCAGUCCUGACUGGUGCGAGUGGUUGGCGGUCCGAGAGGAGGAGAGCAACGCCCGCCUCCAGAAAGUGUUGGACAGCGUCCAGGAGACGGUGCUCCUCUUCAGCUCCCAGCUGGAGAACAUCCAGCGGAACGUGGACCUGACGCUGGCCGACCUCAAGUCUCAGAUGAGCAGCAUGCAGUGGCACAUGGCGGCCGGCAUCGUGCAGCGUGACCAACGCAUCGCCACGCUGGAAUCCCAGAGCUGCCUUCCGGGACACCAGCAGAAAGUCUCUGAAGUGGACAUGAACCUUUCUCACCGCGUAGCCUAUAAGUACAAAUACGCUUCCAUGGCCAAACCAGGCCCGGUCUCCAGGCCCUCGGUUCCUUACUACCCUUCUCCUGACGCCACCAUCCAGUCGCAUCUGCAGGCCCCCAUCACUGCAGCCCACCCACUGCCCACUUUCCUUUAGCAAGGGGAAACCUUCACAUUGAUUUGAGUCACGAUUGAAGUAUGUUCUUCCAUGGUUCUACUUCCACCAACUAUGUUUGUCCAUGGUUCUACUUCCAUCAAGUAGGUUCUUCCAUGGUUCUACUUCCACCAACUAUGUUUUUCCAUGGUUCUACUUCCAUCAAGUAGGUUCUUCCAUGGUUAUACAUCCAUCAAGUUUGUUUCUCCAUGGUUCUGCUUCCACCAAGUAUGUUCUUCCAUGGUUCUUCCUCCACCAAGUAUGUUUCUCCAUGGUUCUACUUCCAUCAAGUAGGUUCUUCCAUGGUUCUACAUCCAUCAAGUAUGUUUCUCCAUGGUUCUACUUCUACCAAGUAUGUUCGUCCAUGGUUCUUCUUCCACAAAGUAUGUUCUUCCAUGGUUCUAU